AUGGACGGGCACGUCCGGCGGCUGCUGAACCGCGUGUCGAUCGCCCUGGCCGCCGUCGCAACCGCCGCACUGCUGCACCUGUUCCGCCAUUCCUCCUCCUACUGCAUCGCCGGAGGCAGCGGCUCGCCCACAUAUUCAUCCCUAUCAUUGGCGCCCUUCCCGCGCACCUCCUGCGACGCCGCAUCCCGCCGCGUCGUGGACCUCGACCUCCGCCUCGCCAAGCUCCGGGCCUCCCCGCGCUGGCGCCGCCGCAGCGAUGCCCUCUCCUCGUCCACUCUCGUCCCGCUCCGCCGUCUCCGCCUCCUCGGCGAAUCCUCCCGCGUGCUCUGCGUCGCCUCAGGCGCGGGGCUGGCCGCGGACGCGCUCCACGCGGCCGGCGUCGGGGACGUCACGGCCGUUGAUCUCGUCAACUUCCCGCCGCUCGUCCGACAAGCGGACGCACACAACCUCCCAUUCUUCGACGGCGCCUUCGACGUUGUGCUCUCGGACGACCCGGGCGCGCUCGCCGGCGCGCUCUUCCCGUCCCGGUUCGCGGCCGAGAUCGAGCGCACCGUCCGACGCGGUGGCGCUAUCGCGAUCGCCGUCGACCGGCACGUCGGCUUGUCCACCGUUGCCCACCUUUUCAGGAAGUCGCGUAUCGUGAAGGUGAGGAAUGCUACGCUGGAUGGUUCAGCUGUGAACAUCGUCAUCUUGAGAAGUUACAGAACCAAAACCGACCCUCAUUGA